AUGGUUUCUGACUUCAGAAAGAAGAAGCUUUUGCACGUUUUCACCUCAUUCUUCGAUAGGGAUGGCAGUGGAUCUAUCGAUAAAAGUGACUUUGGGUUAGCUAUCGACAAUAUCGCGAAGAUCCGAGGAUGGCCCGUCGGUGGAGAAAAAUACAAAGAAAUACAGACCACUUUGUUGCAAAUUUGGGAUGGACUCCAAGGCCGCGCUGAUGUUGAUAAAGAUGGCCAAGUAUCUGUUGAUGAGUGGAUAUCCAUGUGGGAUGAUUAUGCCAAGAAUCCCGGAUCUCCUCUUGAAUGGCAGAGCCAGUACUGUAAGUUUAUCUUCCAACUCGAAGAUGCCAGUGGAGAUGGAGCCAUUGAUGGCGAAGAGUUUUCUUCUGUCUACUCUUCUUUUGGUCUGAAUAAAGACGAUACCCUCACCGCCUUCAAGAAUAUGUCUAAGGGUAAAGCUAACGUAUCGUGGGCUGAGUUCCAAGAACUGUGGAAAGAAUAUUUCAUUUCUGAAGAUCCAAAGGCUCCAGGAAAUUUCAUUUUUGUCUUCCGAACGCUAUAUAUAAGCCCCAAACCAGUCACAUUAAUAGUAGCUGGAAAAUAUCAAAUCAACAAAAUGGUGUCCGAUUUCAAAAAGAAGAAACUUAUGUAUCUUUUCAAGAUCUUCUUUGACGCUGACGGCAGCGGCACUGUUACGAAGAAGGACUUUGAAUUGUCGAUCCAAAAGAUCGGUAAAGCGAAAGGAUGGGCUCCUGGAGACGAUAAAUACAAAAUGGCUGAAAAAGCAAUGCUCGAUAUUUGGCAGGGUAUGCAAAUCAAGGCUGACCUGAACAAGGAUGGUGAGAUUUCUGCCGAUGAAUGGAUUUCGAUGUGGGAAGACUUUGCCAAAGAUCCUUCAUCUCCCGUAGACUGGCAAAAGUACUACUGUAAGGCUAUUUUCCAUAUCCAAGACUCGUCUGGUGACGGUGCAAUUGACAAAGAAGAAUUUGUGUCCGUUCAUACAUCUUUUGGACUAUCACAAGAAGAUUCCGCAAAGGCGUUUGACAAAAUGGCAAAUGGUAAAUCUAGUCUAACCUUCGAAGAUUUCGAGAAACUUUGGCAAGAGUUCUUCUCGUCUGAAGAUCCUAAUGCUCCAGGAAACUUCAUUUUUGGUAACCUUAGCUUC